GACCCUUGCCCACUUGCCCGCCUGCCCGCCUACCCCCCCAACAGCUGGAACCAAGAAAGCUGUGUUCCCCUUUCUCCGGGCGUCCUUCCUGUCUCCUGCUGUCAGGGACCUCUUAGCUACCACAACAAGGCCUGACGGGGACCUGAGGUGACUGCUCUCACGCUGCCAGUGGGGGACCCAGUCCUCAGGAUGUUCCAGGGGGAAUAGGAGCCGGAAUCAGAGCCUCUAACCCAUUCCAGUAAUGGGGUCCCCAUUGAGUCAUCUGCUGGCUGGCCUGUGUGUGUGUGUGGCCUUGGGCUGGGUAGGGGGCUCAGCCCCCAACCUGGGUCCUGCUGAGCAAGAGCAGAACCAUUACCUGGCCCAGCUGUUUGGCCUGUAUGGGGAGAAUGGGACGCUGACUGCAGGGGGCUUAGCACGGCUUCUCCACAGCCUGGGGCUAGGCCAGGUUCAGGGGCUUCGCCUGGGACACCAUGGCCCUCCAACUGGUCGGGCUCAAUACCCAGCUGGAGACAAUUCCACACACAGGUCUCAGGACCCGGAGCUGAGUGUGGCCAUCUGGGCAGGGCUGCCUCUGGGUCCCUCAGGGUGGGGCAACCUGGAGGAGCCAAACACUCUCCCGCCACCCCAUGGACCAGGCCCCUCGGGCCUGGACCUCUUUCACAGGCUUCUGCUGCUGGACCAUUCGCUGGCUGACCAUCUGAAUGAGGAUUGUCUGAACGGCUCCCAGCUGCUGGUCAAUUUCGGCCUGAGCCCUGCUGCUCCUCUGACCCCCCGUCAGUUCGCAUUGCUGUGUCCAGCCCUGCUCUAUCAGAUCGACAGCCGCGUCUGCGUCCAGGCCCCAGCCCCAAACCCCCCAGGGGAUCUACUCUCUGCUCUGGUCCAUAGUGCCCUGGCAGUCCUGCUGCUCAGCCUCCCUGCUCCUCUCUCCCUGCUGCUGCUGCGGCUCCUGGGGCCUCACCUGCUGCAACCGCUGCUGGGCUUCCUCGGGGCCCUGGCCGUGGGCACUCUCUGUGGGGAUGCACUGCUACACCUGUUGCCACAUGCACAAGGAAGGCAGCACGCUGGACCAAGCGGGGGACCAGAGGGCUCAGGGCCAGGACUGUCGGUGCUCGGAGGCCUCUCCCUGCUCUUCGCGCUGGAGAACAUGCUAGGGCUUUGGCAGCGCCGCGGGCUCUGGCCAAGAUGCUGCAGGCGAAAAAGAAAGGAUCUCGCAACAGCAAACCUGGACCCAGAGGAUGGCAGUGGAAUGGCCCUUCAGCCCCUACAGGCAGCUCCAGAGCCAGGGGCUCAGGGAUCCAGGGAACAGGACAGCCAGCCCCCACCAGCCCCAGCCCCUCCUGGGCACCAGGGCCACAGUCAUGGACACCAGGGUGGUAGUGGCAGCAAUUUAACAUGGAUGGUCCUCUUGGGAGAUGGUCUGCACAACCUCAUGGAUGGGCUGGCCAUAGGUGCUGCCUUCUCAGAUGGCUUCUCCAGCGGCCUCAGCACCACCCUAGCAGUCUUCUGCCAUGAGCUGCCCCACGAACUGGGUGACUUUGCAAUGCUGCUCCGGGCAGAGCUGCCCUUUCGGCAGCUGCUGCUGCUGAGCCUGGUGUCUGGAGCCCUGGGACUUGGGGGUGCAGCCCUGGGGGUGGGGCUCAGUUUGGGCCCUGUCCCCCUUACUCCCUGGGUGUUUGGGGUCACUGCUGGGGUCUUCCUCUAUGUGGCCCUUGUGGACAUGGUGAGAGGUGUGCGUAGUGCAGAGAAACCAAAGGAAGCUGGGAGGCGGGUGUGGAGGGAGGGAAGUUCCCACCCCCCCACCCCACUGGCCACCUGGAAGGGUGCUGACAAUGGGCCAAGUCCCAGGAACAAGGGCCGGGAAGUCCGGUGGGGGCUACUGAUAUAUUCUGACACUUCCCUCUUGCGUUCCAGGCAGGGACAAAGCCAGGAAGGGUCCCAACCACCUUCUUUUCUUUCAGCUACCAGUCCUGCUUCGUCCUCCUGAGCCCCUCCCCACACUUGAGGCACUACUGCAGGGCCUGGGGCUGCUGCUGGGGGGCAGCCUCAUGCUCACCAUAGCCCUGCUGGAAGAGCAGCUACGGCCUCUGGUCUCUGAAGGCUGAUGGGGGCCAGUGGAAAGGCAUCCAGUU